AUGUCACGAUAUCAGACGCGGUCCAAGACGGGGGCCUCUAAAUCAGAAAAUGAGGCGUGCAGAGAAACCGACGAGCUAACACCGUCCAUGCUGGUCCAUGAUCAGGCCAACAAUGGAUCCUCCCACGCAGAUCGCGACUUCAAGCAAUUCUGCCGCCUUCCCGCAGAUCUCCGACUCCAAAUUUGGCGAACCGCGGCGUCUUUGCCCUCGUCAACACCAGGCGUCUGCUAUUUCCACUCAACCGGCAUCAUCUCAGGCAACGGGUCCACCCCAUCGAGGUGUACAUACGACCCCCUGAUCGUCCACGAACCCGUCAACCGCGCCCUCCUGGCGACCAACACCGAGGCCUACGACGUGGCAAUGGAGGCGUCGCGGCGCGCAGCAACACGCCCCUACGACCCGGCCAUUGACAUCCUGUUCAUUACAGACUGGGCCAGCUUCGAGCACUUCACGGGCACGGUCUGCGGAUUUAACGGGGAGGAAUGGAUCGAGCGCAUCCAGCACCUUGCGCUGCCGCUCAACCGCGCCGACGCGGGGCUGUGGCUGCCCAUCGCCAUGUCUCGGCUGAGAUCGCUCAAGACACUGUCGGUCGUGUACCCGGCGGCGACGGGCCGGUUCAACUUUUCCGCGUCCGUUCCCUUGCCCAAAGACAGGAGCACGCCGCUGCGGCUUAUGACGGAGGCGGAGCGCAAGGGGGUGGUCAUCGCGGCCGACUACAUGUACGGGACGCCGUUUGGGGAGUUUCCGGUCCAGUGGGAAAGUGACGUGGACCAGCAUCUGGAAAUGAUUGAGGAGAACCUGUUGCGAGACACACGACCUAGCGGCCACGACGAGGAUGAUGAGAUGUUUGGGAGGAAACCGCCGAUAUGGGAUCACAAAGCUGAGCGGCUGGCGCUGACGUACCAGGCGAGAGUGUUUGAGCCGGUGAAGCUGAGGGUAAAGAACUUUAGGGACAAGACUCGGGAUGUAGUGGGUUAG